AUGCAUUCUAAAAAGCGAAUAACAGAACCGUUUAAUACUAAACCUGUAGCUAUAAUAAUUACUAUCUUCUCAAUUAUACUUGUAGCAGUAUCUUUAAGUAUGAUUCCAUAUGUUCCUGGUGAUAUCAAAUCAGGUUUUUAUAUAGCAAAUAUAGAAGAAUCACACGAACUUUUAAAUACAAAUCAAUUUUUGAUUACAAAUUUAUCUUCAUCGGUUUCCUCAAAGAAUUUAAUUUUUAUUGGUGAUGUUCAUGGUUCAUUGGAUGAACUUGAAAUGCUUUUAAAAAAAAUUAAUUAUAAUUCAACAAACGAUCAUUUGAUAUUUGUUGGAGACUUAGUGGCUAAAGGUCCAGAAUCAAUCGAAGUUGUUAAAUUGGUUAAAAAGUAUGGAAGUAGUUGCGUUCGUGGAAAUCACGAUGAUAAAGUGAUACGAUGGAAAGUAUUUUUAGAGAUGUUGGGCAGAAGAGGAAUUAAAUUGAAAGAUUAUGUUAAAAAGAAUGAACUACCACCUCAUCUAAGUAUGGAGACCGAACAUGUGAAUUUAGCAAGAAAUAUCGAUAAAGAACUUUAUGAAUUCCUUUCUUCGUGUCCUAUCGUAAUUAACAUUCCAGAACAGGAUUUAUAUGUGGUUCAUGCGGGUCUUUUACCUGACGUACCUAUUGAUCAACAGGAUCCUGAUGAUAUAAUGACCAUGAGAAAUAUCAAAGAUAACGGAAAACCAACUAAAUCCUUAAAGAAAGGAAAAUCAUGGUCACAUUAUUGGAACAUUGCGCAAAAGUCCUCCCCAACACCGAAAACAGUUAUAUAUGGUCAUGAUGCAUCACGUGGAUUAAACAUUAAAGAAUUCAGUUUCGGUUUAGAUUCGAGAUGUGUUUAUGGUGGUGAAUUAACUGCUUUGAAAUGGAAUGAAGGAAGAAGUAUUCAUAGCGUUCCUUGUGGACGAUAUACAGAUUAA